GGGAAAACAAGUGUGAUCCCAAAUGACACGACCGAGGUUGAGCAGGAAACCAGCUCUUGUUCGUCUUCUCUCUGUUGCUGCUGUCUUCUCCAUUAUCCUUAUCGCCAUUCAGUCCUCUUUCUUCACUGGUAGUUGGACUCCCGUUAAUUUGGAUAUUCCGAUCUUGUCCCACUUCCAGUCUAAUCUUCAGCAAUGCGUCGCUAACCGAGGGCUGGGAUUGACUGCUCAUAUAAUUGAUCAUUGCAAUGUCAUUCUCAAGUUUCCCCAAGGAACUAAUAGCACUUGGUAUAAUGAGCAGUUCAAGAUCUUUGAACCAUUGGAGUACAAGUAUGACGUUUGCGAAGCAAUACUUCUGUGGGAGCAGUAUCGUAACAUGACGACAGUGUUGACAAGAGAAUAUUUGGAUUCUCGGCCUGAUGGAUGGUUUGACUAUGCAGCAAAAAGGAUUGCACAGCUAGGAGCAGAUAAAUGUUACAAUCAGACUCUUUGCGAAGAACAUCUCAAUCUAACUUUACCAGCUAAGCCCCCGUUUCACCCUCGACAAUUCAGAAGAUGUGCAGUCGUUGGCAAUUCUGGAGACCUCUUGAAGACGCAGUUUGGAGAGGAAAUUGACAGUCAUGAUGCAGUUAUACGAGAUAAUGAGGCUCCUGUUAAUGAGAAAUACGCCAAGCAUGUUGGCCUGAAGAGAGAUUUUCGCUUAGUUGUGCGAGGUGCUGCUGGAAACAUGAUUAAAAUUCUCAACGGUUCUGACGAUGAGGUGCUUAUAAUUAAAAGUGUCAUCCAUAGAGACUUCAAUGCAAUGAUAAAGAAAAUCCGGAAUCCAGUCUAUCUGUUCCAAGGAAUCGUAUUACGCAGAGGUGCGAAAGGAACUGGGAUGAAAUCAAUUGAAUUAGCACUUUCCAUGUGCGACAUUGUUGACAUUUAUGGUUUCACUGUUGAUCCUGGUUACACAGAAUGGACUCGAUACUUUUCUACACCAAGGAAAGGGCACAACCCACUCCAAGGAAGGGCUUAUUAUCAACUCUUAGAAUGCCUUGGAGUCAUACGAAUCCAUUCUCCUAUGCGAGCAAAGAGAAAGCAAGACUGGUCUGAUGUGCCUAGUCAAGAAAUGAUAAGCAACGCUCACAGAGCUGCAUUGCAUUUGAAAAAGAAGCAAGCUGGGGAAGAGGGAGGAUUGGGACAAUUUGUGAACUGUAAAGUAUGGGGCAAAUCAGGUCCCUAUGGCACUGGGCCUGUAUCUGGUUCCACAGAUAUGACAGAUACCAGGAAGGAUUCAAAUUACAAUCGAUGGGAAAUCAUGCCUUUUGAGAGCUUGAGGAAGGAAGCACGGAAGCACUAUAUGCAGAUGGAAGGUGUGUCUUUGUACAAGAUGGAUGGGAAUAAGCUGGAUGAUCUAGUCUGCGUGAAACACCCCCUGAAAUCGGAGGCAUGAAACAAUGGCUUGAUAUAUGGAUCCAUUUGAGUUGAACCUAAUUAAUAUUUUACAUGCACAAAUACAAGGGAACCAAGUGAUUUGUGUUAAACACAUCAAGCAGCUUCCUCUUGGAGUGUAAGCUAGUGACAGCCACCACAGUGAACUCAGAUCUUCUUUGGAAGUGCACUGCAAAAUUGUCUGAAAGUUGCAUAUACUUGAUGAUCAGAAUUACUGGAGGAAUGAGGAAAGAAGGGACCAAUAUUCUUGAGAUGUCCUUGACUUUUCUUAAAUUCAGUAAUUUUGCAAGUGAAGAAAUCUCAUGCUCCAUAUUUGCCUGAUUUUGUUAUAGAACUUUUCACAGCUA